GGGAAAUGGACAGUCGAUGUUUCGGGUCGAGACCCUUCAUCAGGACUGCAGCGGUGGGAUGCAACAACCCAGAUGAAGGAUUUCAAUCCAAAACAUAGAGUUACUACUGCUGUCAACUACUUCCAACAGAUGAAAGUAAUAAAGGAACAAUCUGUCAGGCUCAGGACACAGUGAAAGUCACCAGUCCAUGAAGACAACGCGUAAUAUUCAAGACAAAAGGCACUAAGAUAAGUAGAACUGGCAGAGUUUUUCUAUUGCAAAUAUUAAAUCAGCAAUGUGACUGGUCCCACGUUAUAUGAAAAUAUGAGCCAUUCAUAGUGGUGAUAAGCUCAGUGUAUAAAAGGACUUGUAAGGUCCACGUCCAGACACUGCAAGAUGGCAAAACUUCUGCUUGUGUCAGCGGUGGUCUUUUUGGCGUGCCUGCAGCUGGGCUCUGCCUACAGACUGGUUUGUUACUUUACAAACUGGGCUCAGUACAGACCAGGAGCAGGGAAAUACCUGCCCGAGAAUGUGGACCCCUGCCUGUGCACACAUGUAAUCUAUGCUUUCGCUGGGAUGAAGAACAAUGAGAUCUCUACUUAUGAAUGGAAUGAUGUGAAACUCUACCAUGAGAUCAACAGUCUUAAAAACAGGAAUGGAAACCUCAAGACUCUCCUGUCCAUUGGCGGUUGGAACUUUGGAACUCAGAAAUUCAGUGCGAUGGUCUCCACAGCAGGAACUCGUCAAAUCUUCGUAAAGUCAGUGAUCAGCUUCCUGCGGGGCUACGGCUUUGAUGGUUUGGACAUAGACUGGGAAUAUCCUGGGUCUAGAGGGAGUCCUUCCAUCGACAAGCACCUCUACACCGUCUUGGCACAGGAACUGAUGGCGGCCUUCGAGGCUGAGGGUAAGAGCAGCGGGAAACCAAGACUGUUGCUGUCAGCGGCUGUGGCCGGCGGGAAGAGUAUCAUUGAUUCUGGAUAUGAAGUUCCUCAGCUUGGACAGGUUCUGGACUUCUUCAACGUGAUGACCUACGACUUCUAUGGACCCUGGAGCCAUGUGACUGGAGAAAAUAGUCCCCUUUAUUCCCUCCCCAAUAACCAGGAUUACACCAAUUUGUACUUCAAUGUGAACUAUGCAAUGAACUACUGGAAGAGCAAGGGAGCGCCGGCAGAGAAACUGAACGUUGGCUUCCCCACGUAUGGGCACACCUUCAGACUGACCUCAUCCAACACCGGGGUCUUAGCCCCAGCGGGAGGCCCUGGACCAGCAGGGAAGUACACCAGGCAGGCCGGGUUCUUGGCUUAUUAUGAGAUCUGCACGUUCUUGAAUGGUGCCACCAAGGAAUGGGAUGCCCCACAGAUGACUCCGUACACCUUUAAGCAAGGAAUAUGGGUCGGAUAUGAUAAUCCCAACAGCUUUGCAGACAAGGUUGAGUGGCUGAAGAACAACAACUUUGGAGGAGCCAUGGUGUGGGAUCUUGCCCUGGAUGACUUCUCUGGAGCCUUCUGUCACCAGGGACCCUAUCCCCUUAUUAACACUCUGCACACUGGCCUUGGGAUUUCUGGAGCUUGUACACCAUCAAAAACCACAUAUGCACCUGGGCCUCCCCCAACUGACGCGCCCAGUAGUGGAAGUGGGAGUGGCGGCAGCAGCGGUGGGUCCGGAUUCUGCGCUGGCAAAGCUAAUGGCAACUACCCUGACCCACAAAAUCCCCACAAGUUCUACGGAUGCCUCAAUGGGAAAACCUAUGUGAAAAGCUGUCCCAGUGGAUUGGUCUACCAGGCUUCCUGCAACUGUUGCAACUGGGCUUAAUGCGAGUCACCAAGUCUGUUAUUGAUCCUCACUCAAGACCAGUGAUCCUAGAACCAAACUAACCAUCCAAGCACACCAGCAGUGAAUGAGGUGGAAAAUUCAGGUUUCAAUAACAGCCAC